UCCACAUCACUUGCACCACUUUCCCUCCCCGAAGCUCUUCCCCAUAUCCAAACACUCCCUUCUCUCCAAGAAUCCUUUUUUUUUUUUUUCAUCCCUUUCCUAGCUGUUUUUAUAUAACAUCCAAGAAGACAGUUAAACCGAAAUAAAUACAUUAUUUACCAAAACCCGCCCAAAAAUGGUGAAACGUCAAAGGCCUCCAUCUGGCCGUCCAAAUCUAGCUUCAUGUCUUGUAGCAACAAUUUUCUUGAUCUUCGUUGUAAUAAUAGUUCUCAUUGUUUACUUAACCAUUUUUAAACCUAAAGACCCUAAGAUCUCCGUUAGCGCCUUCCAGCUUCCGUCUUUCUCCGUUGGUAACAACUCCGUCAGCUUCACUUUCUCCCAAUACAUUACCGUUAAAAACCCUAACCGAGCUGCUUUCUCUCACUUCGGCAGCACCAUCCAGCUGCUUUACUCGGGUUCUCAAGUCGGAUUCAUGUUCAUACCCGCUGGAAAGAUUGAGGCGGAUCGGACUCAGUACAUGGCUGCCACUUUCGCCGUUCAGUCUUUCCCCUUGGCGGCAACCGUAGCUACUACUGCUACUACGACGACGACGGGGCCCAUUGGGCUGAUUGAUGGGUUUGGCGGGAGUAACAAUGGGUAUCGAGUUGGGCCGACGAUGGAUAUCGAGUCUCGGAUGGAGAUGGUGGGUCGGGUUAGGGUUCUACAUUUCUUCACCCAUCAUGUGGAUGCUAAAUUUGGGUGUAUAGUCACCAUUGCUGUGAGUGAUGGGUCUGUGUUAGGGUUUCACUGCUAAUUUUUUUUCUUUCUUUCCACGUUUUGUUCUUGUAAUUUAUUAGUUUUUUCUUAAAAUUUUUCAGAAGAUU